GAUGGGCCGACUCGACAAGCUCAAGGUGCGGAGUGAAGAAGGUUUUCAGAUGGGGUUUUCUCUCCCAGGGUUUCGUCGUUGGCCCGGUGGUUGGUGGGGUUCUUUGGAGAGGGCGAGUCCCGUCGGCGCAUUCUUUCCGGUACACCGUACACUCCUGCAGCAUCAUCGGCGCGGCCUCCUUUGUCUGAAGAGCGCUCCGUUGGCUGUCCUGCGAUGGGUGUCCCAAGCUCGGCUCGGGGCGAUGCUCGGCCCCGCCCCGAAGGGCACCCUGUAGACUGGGGAUCUUACCACCGGACAACGGUCGAUAAUGGCAGAGACGGCCGAGGUGGAAGUGGAUCUGGAGAACUCUCGGAGGAGGUUUCGAAAAGCUUUUGGGCUCCAGCUCGGCUUCUCAGCAAAUGACAGACUUCCCGACGCCAUGGCUGAGCGAUGACGAGGGAGCAUCUCGGCAGUCGCGGCGUCGUCCCACGCUCGAGAGGACCUUUCGCGCGCCCCAGAUUCCGCAACCUUGUCCAUCCUCGCGACGGAGGGCCACAGCCGAGUAUCCCCGGCCGUCGACUUCAACGAUGCCAGAAAUGCGGUUCUGGUGCGGCCUUGGCCGCAUGGCCAUGCAGCAACCCAAACUCUAUUGGCCAUUGCUCCCCUGGGACUUUUUGCCGACAAGGUGCAGCAGCGACGCGACAGGCCCUGAUGGCCUGAGCCCCGCAUCAAGCAGACUCGACAGGGCAGCAUUCUCAGACGACUCAACGAAACAGUUCCUGCACCGCGCCGUCUGUGCGCUUCGGCACUCGAGUCCGGGUCUUCAAGACAGAGAAUUAUGUUUGCUCCCAAUUCAAUGUCAGUUUCAUGAACGCGCGUUGUCGGUAUGGAUGAUGAUCGAGUUUUCGACGGGCGAGUUUUGGGUUGUAACUUCCAUGGUCGUCACGCACGCAUGCAUAGAAAAGAAAAAAGACACUGUCGACUCUCUCUCACCGAACAUGCGGCCAGAGACAAUCAGCAAGCCACGCGCAAACAACUAAGCCAGAAACUCAAACAUCGGUCGAUUUGCUCAUUGUCAAGUGUGUUGACGGUCCGUCAAUUUGUCCAGACGUGGGGUUCCUCACGGCAACGGCGGCCACCACCCCGGAUUUCUGCGGCGUGAAGCCCGACCACCAGUCACAGAGAACAACAAGCGAGCGACUCAAUGGUGGUGCUCCGCCCCAACGGGCUAGCCCCCGGUCGGUUAGCAGGUCCUUGCAGGUCGUCCACUUGACCCAGCAAGAACACCAAAUCGGCAAUUUUCCUAUUAUUGGCAGGAGGGAGAAGAUGCUCGACACUUUUGAGACUUUGAGGAGGAUGGAUAUCAG